AUGUCUCUGCCUCUGGAAAACCCUCCAGAUGGGGGCUGGGGUUGGCUGAUCGUCCUUUCCGGAUUCCUGGUCAACUCCCUCACUUACGGGGUCUUGAGAUCUCUGGGCAUCCUCUUUGAAGAACUGGUGGAAGCUUUCGACGCCAGCGCUGCCCAGGUCUCCUGGGUGACAUCCAUCGCCUUGGCAACAAAGCAGCUGGCUAGUCCCGUUGGUACGGCUGCUAGCAUGCGGUUCGGAGCUCGUCCGGUGGUCAUGUUAGGAGGCCUCCUCUCCUCUCUGGGCAUCUUCUGGGCUUCCUUCAGCACCAGCUUGCUCCAGUUGUAUCUCACCUUGGGGUUUCUGACAGGUUUCGGCUGGGCGCUGGCCUUCGCCCCCGUCAUGGGCACCCUCUCGCGCUACUUCUCGUCUCGGCGCUCCCUGGCGAUGGGCCUGGCGCUCAUGGGCAACGGCCUCUCCUCCUUCGCCUUCUCCCCGCUGCUGAGGCUCCUGGCUGACUCCCUGGCGUGGCGGGGGGCUCUGCUUGCCACCUCCGCCCUGGGCCUCCACCUCUUGGUCUGCGGGGCCCUCCUGCGCCCGCUGAGCCUGCGAGGCGACCUCCCGCACUCGGGGUCGCGCUUCGACCUGGGCCUGUUCGCCGAGAGGGGCUUCGCGGCCUUCUCCCUCGGCGCCGCCCUGCUGGCCGCCGGCUACUUCACGCCUUACGUCCACCUGGAGCCCUACGGGCGGGCGAUGGGCCUUGGACCCUACGAAGCCGCAGCUGUCGUGUCGGCCGCCUCCCUCUCGGACGCUCUGGCCCGGCUGCUGGCCGGCUGCCUGGCUGACCGGCGUCUUCUGUCCCCGGUCCGCCUCCUCGUCCUCUGCAGUGCCCUGACCGCCUGCAGCCUCCUCCUCUUCCCGCUCGCCUCGUCCUUCGCAGAUGCCCUCGGACUGGCCCUGCUCUACGGCACAAGUGCGGGGGGUUUUGCCACGGUGGCCUUUGGGGUCCUGCCCGAGAUCGUCGGCGUGUCACGUGUGGUCAACGCCACGGGGCUGUGCAUGAUGGCCAUGAGCGUCGGGGGGCUGCUGGGGCCGCCUCUCUCUGGUUUCCUGAGGGACCUGACGGGAGACUUCACCGCUUCGUUCCUGGUCGGAGGGUCCUUCGUUCUCUGCGCCAGUGGGGUUUUUGCUGCCCUCCCCUCCUUCUGCCCCGGCUGCUGCAAGGACGAUGCCGAUCCCAGGGCCCGAGGAACACUUGACUCGGUCCCCCCUCUGCUGCCUUCUCCCCUCACGAGCAAAUGUUCGCAGGUAUGA